AUGAAUCGUAUGAAAUAUACAAUUAAACAAGAACCCGAUGCAUUAGAUCUAACAAAUCGACCACAACAUUUAUUAUCACCUUCAAUUGAAAAUGAAGAUGAUGAUGAUGAAUAUCUACCUAGUGAAGAUGAACAACAUACGAAUCAUAAUAAUCAACAAAGAAAUAAUUUUCAUAUAAAAAAAUCAACUUAUGAUAGUGGUUUUAUUGAUACAAGCGAUGAAAAUAAUGACUUAACUAUGGUUAAACAAGAACGAAAUCGUCAUCAUUAUCAUAGUACACCAUUACGAUCUCAACAAAUAAACUCUCAUCAUAUUCGUCAUCCAAGUACAAGUAGUAGUACAUGUUCAUCAUCAACACAUCAAGAACGAUCACAUUCACCGGUUGAUGAUAAAGAAUGUCGAAAUACGAGAUUUCUUGGUAGUCGAGCUGUUGCUGUACUUAAUCAUUGGUUUCAAUCAAAUCGUGAUUAUCCAUAUCCUGAUGAUGAACGUACUGAUCGUUUAGCUCGUGAAGCAGGUAUAACACAAAAACAAGUUAAAAAAUGGUUUGCAAAUAAACGUGUACGAAGUCAAAUGUGCUAUAAACCAUUAUAUCGAUCUCGUAAAUCUCGUAAUUUAUCUUCAAUUCGUCAAAAUCAAAAUCAAAAUCAAGUUUCAUCGAUUGUAUCAACACCAUCAUCAGCAACUGCAACGACAACAACAACGACACAAACACGUCGACCACAAACAAAUUAUAAUUAUAUUAUUAAUCAUAAUAAUAUAGCAACACCAACAUCAUUACCCGAUUUUAAUAAUGUUUUUUCAGGUCCUAAUCCUCCAUUAUUUAAUCCAAUGGCUGCUUCAAUGAUGAUGUUUAUGAUGCAACAACAUUUAAUGACAACAAUGAUGGCUGCAGCUGGUUUACCUCAAUUACCUUCAACACCAACAGCACCAUCAACACCAACAUCAACGACAAAUACUUCAACAACACCAAAGAAAACAAAUGUUGAUCGUAUUACAAGAUUUUGGUUAUAA